GUAGGAUUAAUCUCGAAAUCUUUAUUUACAAUUUUUAUUGGUGAGAAAGAGGAUAUUUUAAUUUAGUUUAUAAUUGUUAAUAAUUUUAGUAUGAAGUCAGGUAAAAAAUCGACCAAGAGUAAAAAAGGAAGUGCAUCAUCUUCUUCUCGUGCUGUCACAAUAAGUAACAAUUCACUGGCAACCAAUUUUUCUGGCCCGAAAUCAAAAAACAUUGCUGAAGAGCAGAACGUCUAUUAUUUAAUUAAUUCAAUUACAACAGAAAUUGUUCAGUCAGCUAUGGACGAAAUAUAUCAAAUAUAUCUUGAAAGGACGUCUUCUUCUUUUGCUGCCAACUGUGCACAUUUAGCGUGGCUUCAAUGUUUUAAUUUAAUGGAUUUAAAACAUGACUCCGGAGAAAACUCUUCAUCGAUUGAAAAAUUUUGGUCUCCUGACGAAGAAUGUAAACCAGUUCCGAGAGAUUCCUGGACAUGUCGAAAUAUUCCCAUCCGAGUUUCGAAAAAACCCGAAAUAAUUCAUUCAGAACCAAAACUUUGUAAAAGUAUUCGGUUAAGUGAGAAUGCCUUCAUACCUCCUAUCAAAAAAAUUCCGGGAAAGUCUUCUCUACUGGCUAUUCAGGGUUCAGUUGAGAUUAAGACGAAGUCAUCGAGGAGUAGGAGAAAGCAGCCAAAGCAGCAGCAGCAGCAAAUACCGGAAGUGAGUGCUGAUGCGGAGUCUCAGGAAGACAAGCAAGAAUUCCCAAGCGAGAUUGAUCGGGCGGAAGAGCUAUCGAUAUUCACUGAAACCAUCAGCAUGUCUACGAAGGAUCUUCCGAUGUCAAAGUGGCCUAAAAAGCAGACGUCAAAAAAAUCGCCUUGCCAGAAAAAAAUACCUAGCUGGGCUAUCGAUACGUCAGGCCCCCUACACAGAUCUGAAUCAGUAAAAAUGAGCGCAGUUCAUCCUGAUCCCUUGGAAUCUUAUCAUGUUCGUUUUUACGAAAAUAGGGCAGGUGUACCCAUACCAAUAGGGGAAAGGUACCAGGCGUACAUAGAUGGUGAUUUCAUUAUUGGUCUAGUACUAUUAGCUAAAGGCAAGAUGUUCCCAUUACUUAAUAGUGAACAGCACAGAAUUAAAGAAAACGUAGAGGACCAUCAGCAGUAUAAUUUAACGGAAACUGAAAAUAGCGAAUUUCCUUUCUUCCAACGGUUCAUGGACAUGUCGCACGUUUUUGAAGUCAUAAAGCUAGAAUUCAACCAGUAGACAUUCAACCGAACAAUAUAAAAAAGUUGAAAAUAAAAUAAAAAAGUAUAUAGAAUACUCUGAGAGACUUUCCAUUUGAAUGAAUGAAAAAACGUUUGAAACUUCAGUAUUCUACAAAAUCAAAAUACGAAAAAGUGAUACGUUUCAAAAAUUAAUAUAGUGGUUCUCAACUGGCGAAUUUCAUAUUUUUGUUACAAUAAGUGGAAAAAGUGUUGCACUAUUUAUCCUAAAAAGUGUAAAUAUUUAAUAUUCAGUGUAUCAAAGUAAACGAGAGAUUUCAGGACGACAUUAACGUAAUAAAUUUGAAAUACCAAAAAUAAUAUUUUCAAACUUUCGUAGAGAUAAUAUGAGGUUCUGAAAUCCACUACACGAAAAAUUAUGACUCAUCGUUCAAAGAAUCGAGCGCAAGAAAGAAGUAUACUUGUAGUGGCAGAGGUAAACAACACACUACUAAUCCAUUUAAUUGUGAACACUAGGCCCAAUCCUGAACCACAUAUAUACAAAACACAUUGAUUCUACGCAACACAUCUUAGCUUAAGCCUGACACCUAUUUUAACCCACACAUAGCAACGUUCGCUC